AUGAUUCAAGUUAAAAAUAAAAUUAAAAUUAUUUCAAUAUUAAUAACAUUAUUUAUUUUAACGAUUAAUCAAGUUGUUGAAUGUAAAUCAUCACUUUAUUAUUCAAUACUUAAUGAUUAUGAAAAAGGAAUUGAUUAUUAUAAAAUACUAAAUGUUACAAAGGAUUCAACCUAUUCAGAAAUUAAAAAAAGUUUUCGAAAAUUAUCAUUAAAACAUCAUCCAGAUAGAAAUGUUGAGAAAUCGUCACAUUCAUUAUACAUUCUGCUGAAUCAAGCACAUUCAGUAUUAACCACUGACGAAACUAGAAAAGAGUAUGACGAGCUUUUAGUCAACGGUAUCCCUUGGCAUGAGAAUUAUUAUGGCAAGUAUGCCUAUCGUUAUACCGGUAUAAGCCACGAUCUUCGUCAUGUGCUAUUGGGCUUAAUAAUAGUGAUCACCAUUGGUAAAUUCGUCUAUCAAUAUAAUAAACAUCAUUCAAUGAUUAAAAGGGCAAAACAAACUGAUCAAUAUAAGAAACGUUUAGCACAAUUGGAUGGUGAUGAAGAUGAAAUUCAAUUAGUAAUUCAAGGUGCUGAUAAACCCACCAUAUCCAGUUUAUUCAUUAUACAACUAUUUUUUAUCUUUCCAUUUAAAAUCUUAAAAUCGAUAUACACUUUUAUUUUCAUCAAUAAAUUUAAAUUCAUUCAAAAAACUGACGAAGAGAAAGAAGAGGAAUAUAGAUUAAAAAUGGGUUAUACUAAAGAAGAUUGGGAAUAUCAUAAAAAGAAAUCCAUUGAACGUAUGGAAAAAUUAAAACAAUCAGGAAAAUAUAAAAAAUAUUUAAGAUCUAAAAAUAAAUAA